CAUUCAUUUAUUAUGCUGAGAGAGUCAAAGAACAGUGUAUUGGUACUCAUUCCCACAGUGUAAUGAUAAUAAUCACAAAAAGGCAGUCUUUCUGCAAAGGGUGAUUAUAUUCUUUUUCUUUAGCUUUAAGAUCCAAUGCAAGGUUUCUUGCUGAUUUUCUUCUGUGUCUCCCUCUUCUGGUUUGGAGUAACUCAAGCCUCUGACAGCCUUCUCUCUCCAAAGGGUGUCAACUAUGAAGUGGCUGCAUUGAUGUCUAUGAAGAUUAAAAUGAGGGAUGCAUUUCAUGUGUUAGAUGGAUGGGAUAUAAACUCUGUUGAUCCUUGUACAUGGAACAUGGUUGGUUGCUCACAAGAAGGCUUUGUCAUUUCUCUUGAAAUGGCUAGUAUGGGUCUAUCUGGAUUGCUUUCACCAAGCAUUGGGAAUUUAUCUCACCUUAGAACAAUGUUAUUGCAGAAUAACCAGAUAUCUGGUCCCAUCCCUGCCGAGAUUGGAAAACUCCCAGAAUUGCAGACCCUUGACCUGUCUGGUAAUCUGUUUGAUGGUGAAAUUCCCGGCUCUUUGGGUUCCCUGACCCGUUUAAGUUACUUGAGGCUUAACAGAAACAGAUUGUCGGGGCGCAUUCCUAAACCCGUGGCAAAUCUUUCAGGUCUUUCAUUCUUGGAUUUGUCGUUCAAUAACCUGAGUGGCCCUACUCCAAACAUUUUGGCCAAAGGCUAUAGUAUUGCAGGAAACAGAUUUCUUUGCACUUCAUCGUCUACUCAAUCUUGUAUGGGUGUUGCAAAACCAGUAAAUGAUACGAUUUCCACAAAGAAAGUUAGCAACCAUCACAGACGAAUCAUCUCUGCUAUCAUAGGGGUCAGUUGCACGUUUGUAGUUUCUGUAAUGCUACUCGUUUUAUGGGUGGAUUGGCACAGGUCUCGUCGUCUCCUAUUCACAUCUUAUGUGAAACAAGAUUAUGAAUUUGCUAUUGGCCACCUGAAGAGGUUUUCUUUCCGGGAGUUACAAAAUGCGACGAGAAACUUCAGCUCUAAAAACAUUCUAGGACAGGGUGGAUUUGGGGUUGUCUACAAAGGGUAUCUUCCGAAUGGGACGGUGGUGGCUGUCAAAAGACUGAAAGAUCCAAAUUUCACUGGAGAAGUGCAGUUUCAAACUGAGGUUGAGAUGAUAGGCUUGGCUGUGCACCGGAACCUUCUGCGCCUAUAUGGAUUCUGUAUGACACCCGAAGAGAGGUUGCUUAUUUACCCCUUCAUGCCAAAUGGAAGCGUAGCUGAUCGCCUUCGAGACAUCGGUCGAGAUAAACCGUCUUUAGAUUGGAACAAACGGAUGCGUGUUGCUCUUGGAGCUGCAAGGGGGCUUCUAUAUCUGCACGAACAAUGCAGUCCUCGAAUAAUUCACAGGGAUGUCAAGGCUGCUAAUAUUCUACUAGAUGAGAGCUUUGAGGCGGUUGUUGGGGACUUCGGGCUUGCUAAGCUCUUGGACUGCAGAGAGUCUCAUGUCACGACUGCUGUCCGAGGCACCAUAGGACAUAUUGCACCCGAGUACCUGUCGACUGGACAGUCUUCUGAAAAAUCCGACGUGUUUGGGUUUGGGAUUCUACUCUUGGAACUCAUUACGGGGCUAAAGGCGCUAAACGCGGGUAAUGCUCAGCUUCAGAAAGGCACAAUCCUUGACUGGGUGAGAAGCUUAUACGACGAGAAGAGGCUGGAAGUGAUUGUCGACAAGGAUCUGAAGGGAUGCUUUAACACGGAGGAGCUAGAGAAAACGGUGGAUGUUGCCCUCGAGUGUACACAACCGAACCCGAACCAGCGUCCUAAGAUGUCUCAAGUGUCGCGAAUCCUUGAAGGCAUCGCGGGGCAGAUGGCUCCCCCCGUUGUGGAUGAUUCACAGGGCGGAGGAAGCAACGCUGCCGCCUCUGAAACAAGAGCUUUUAGUUUUUCGCGAAAUUUCAGCAGUGUUGAGGAAUCAUCAUUCAUCAUUGAGGCAAUAGAGCUUUCAGGGCCUAGAUAACACACACUCUCUCUCUCUUCUGGUGCUUAGCCUCUGCAGAUAAGGCAUUGCAUUUGUUGAUGAACACUAACUUUGGUCUUUGGGUAGGCUUUUGCUUGUAAGCUUCUCUGCACAUCAACAUAGUCUGCACAUAGAAUAUGUGGUUAGUACUGUUAAUUUUAUUAUGGAGCAACCAUACAUAAUAUUUGUAUUCAGAUUAAUUUCUCAUUGGGCAGUA